UGCGCGGCGGCUGCGGCGGGCACCGGGCGCCGGGCAGCGGAGGGGCCCACCGGGGCCUCGCCAGGGCCUCAGCGGCUGCAGCCGGCGGCCCAGGAGCACAGCAGAGGCGCCGGGGCGGCCUCCCCAGCCGGCCGCCGUCAUGAACUCCAACGUGGAGAACCUGCCCCCGCACAUCAUCCGCCUGGUGUACAAGGAGGUGGCCACGCUGACCGCCGACCCGCCCGACGGCAUCAAAGUCUUCCCCAACGAGGAGGACCUCACCGACCUGCAGGUCACCAUCGAGGGGCCCGAGGGCACCCCCUAUGCCGGAGGCCUGUUCCGCAUGAAGCUGCUGCUGGGGAAGGACUUUCCCGCCUCCCCGCCCAAGGGCUUCUUCCUGACCAAGAUCUUCCACCCCAACGUCGGCCCCAACGGCGAGAUCUGCGUCAACGUGCUCAAGCGGGACUGGACGGCCAAGCUGGGCAUCCGCCACGUGCUGCUGACCAUCAAGUGCCUGCUUAUCCACCCGAAUCCCGAGUCUGCCCUCAAUGAGGAGGCGGGCCGCUUACUGCUGGAGGACUACGAGGAGUACGCGGCGCGAGCCCGCCUGCUCACCGAGAUCCACGGGGGCGGCCCUGGCAGUGCAGUGCCCCAAGGAGAUGCUGCCGCUCCAGGAGCCCCCGGAGGCGCGGAGGGGCCCUUGGCCAAGAAGCAUGCAGGCGAGCGGGACAGGAAGCUGGCGGGCAAGAAAAAGACAGACAAGGACAAGAAGCGGGCACUGCGGCGGCUGUGA